CGUAAAACAAGAAAGAUAAAUCUUGUCUUUUGUUAUAAUAUUCACGACAUCUAGACUAAACGUUGAUAGGAAUUAAUGUACGAGAGUCCUAGAGGUUGGAGACAAUAAUGACUCAACAACUGUGUGCUCUUUUGUAUCGGUGUUUCUUGAUCCGUGUUCGCUAUUGGGAGCUCUCCGUCACUGAAAUUGGGGUCCCAUUUCUCUUUUUGGCAAUAUUCUCGCAUGAGUAUCUCGAGUCCAGCUCCUCAAUAUAUGAGGUCGGCUACCAGUACGAUGAACACUUCUACUCUUACCAUCCGCCCAAGGAAGACCUGUACUAUUUUCCCAACUCGUCCGCCGCUAGGCGCCUGAUGAAUCAAGGCGUCGAAGAGAUAGUAGCCCAGCCGAUGUACGCUUACAAAUCACUGAAAGAAAUCGACUCAGAUUACAUAGUCAUCCUUGACCUUCAGGAUCCGCAAGUAGUGCCGAAGCAUCUCAAUUUCAGAGUGGUCACCAAACGGUCGUACAGUUCCUUCAAGACUUUCGAUUUAGCUGUAGAUCGCCUGGGACCGAGUGUUCUCUACGUCCAAUACGCGGUGACCAAGCAGUUCAUCAACUACUGGUGGAAGCAGGCAAGCGGCGACUUCGUCGACACCAAAUUCGAGGUUUUCCCCAUGCCGAACCACAUCUACCUGUGGAAGCUGGUCUGGAGGGUGUACGUCCUCGGCUGGGUCAUCACACUGAUCUUCCUGGGCACGGCUUGCCUGACGGUCCAGUUGGUCGUCCAGGAGAAAGAGAACAAAGAGAAAGAAGCGAUGCAGCUGAUGGGAAUGUCGACCUUCAACUAUUGGCUGAGCUGGUUCGUAGCGAACUUCACGUUCGGCCUCAUCAACUGUAUCGUCUUCGUCUUAAUCUUCUUUUGGAACGGCGUGGAGACGUCUGAGGUCAAGCUGCUCCUAGCCUUCUCCCUGGUCUAUUUGGCCAAUACUAUCACUUUCGCAUUUAUGAUCUCCUGUUUCAUAAAUAAAGCUAGCCAUGCCAUAGUUGUAUCAAGUGUCCUAUUUGUUUUAACAAGGCUAGUAGCGCCUAUCUUUGAGGACAUUCUGGUCAACAAAUUUAUGGCUCAUAUUGUGGGCUGUAUCUUUUACCAAACUGGGAUUCAGUUGUUUUACAUCUUGAUGGCCUUUCAAAUCGAAGAGUCUGAGUUUGACACUCGAUACUUCUGGCCGUUCUACCAAAUCUUGCAUCAAUUCACGCAUGUGGACGCCGUGGCCAUGCUCCUGUCCAACACGAUGUUCAACCUGUUUGUUGUGUGGUGUAUGGAGACUGGCCUUGGGGACGAGGCUUACCUUUGUUUACAGUCAGUGUUGAGAGUCAUCUUGAAUCACUUCCCUGAGUCCAGAUUCAAAAGUUGGUCCGAGAAUGUGUUUGAUUUAAAAUCUCAACCAGCCCUUUUCUUGCAUGCCGGUUUUCGAUUUCCGGAACAGAGCGCUCAUAUGUUCGAAGUUCCGAGUGCAGGAAUGGAGAGCGAGAUAGAAAUACGAAGUUUGGUUAAGGUUUUUAACGGACAGGUCUGUGUGUCUAUUUCGGAUUUAGAAGUCUACAAGGAGCAGAUAACUGUGUUGCUGGGUGACCAAGGGUCAGGGAAAACUACUCUGUUCAGCCUGAUGGCAGGUAUUUUGGCUCCAACAAGAGGUUACGUCCAUGUCAGGCACAUCAAUGUCACCAGGAAACCAUUAGAAGCUCGAGAAAAUAUGGGACUCUGUCGUCAGAACGAUGUCCUCUUUGACCAAUUGACAUGCAGGGAGCAUAUCGCCCUUUACUGCAAUCUGAAAGAACGCUACACAGCAGUCUCCAAGAAAGCCGCUUACGGGAUGCUCUUUGAGCUAGGCCUCAUGGACAAGACUGGCAUCCUCGUGGGAACGCUAAGUCCCGGAGAGAGAAGGAAGCUCUCAGUCGCCUGCGCCUUUGUGGCAGACAGCAAAAUUGUUCUUCUAGAUGAGCCGUCUUAUGGGUUGGACCACAGUUCCUGUUAUGACCUCUGGCUCUUCCUUAAAAAAAGACGGCACGGCCGGACUAUUUUUAUGACCUCACGGAACCUGGAAGAGGCUGAUGGUGUCGGAGACAGGAUUAUGAUCAUGUCGAAGGGCUGCAUUAAGUGUUGCGGUUCUCCAGACUUCUUGAGAAAACCUUACGGUGAGGCGUUGGUUGUCAGCAUAGAAGUAUCCCUUGCAUAA